CAAUAGGGGAACUAAAUUAUGAGUUCGGCCACAGUAAAGCAAACCCAGAGAAGUACAGGAAAGAAAAAAAAACCUCCACCAGUUCUACCCUCCACUGCUUUAUGGUGUAACACCUUUCUGCCCAACAAGUCUGUCACAUACCAGGAGUUGUCCUUCCACCAGCAAAGGCAGCAUUUCAUCAGAAACAGAUCAGAGACAUUCCAGACUUCCUACCACCUAAAUCAUGUUGGCAAAAAAGCUGGUGACUGCGCAGAAGCGAGGAGAGACGAGGGCCCUAUGCCUGGGACUGGGAAUGGUCGCAUGCUCCAUGAUGAUGUACUUCUUUAUUGGGAUUACAAUUGUGCCAUUCUACACUAAAAGUGUUUGGACAACAGAAACCAUAUGCAAGGUCCUCAAAGCCAACAUCAAGGAUAAAGCCCUCUGCCCAAAAAGCGAAAGCUCAGAGGAUGAAGAUAUCUUUCACUACCCUUGCCUACAGGUGUGGGUUAAUCUGACAGCCUCAGGACAAGAGGUCAUGUUGUAUCACACUGAAGAUACCCUGGAAAGAAAUCCAAAGUGCUCGUAUGUCCCCGGCAACUCCGAGAACUCCAAAGAAGUGAAAGCACGAAUAGAAAAAAUUGCAAACAAUUUCAAAAAAUAUCAGACGUUCCCAUGCUACUAUGACCCAGGAGGAAUGCAGACCAAUGUCAUUUUAAGCAGACUUUAUCCCCCCAAAGGCCUCCUCUUCACUUUCCUUUGGCCCACGCUCCUGUUUACCGGUGGAUGUCUGAUUAUUGUCCUGGUAAAGAUCAGCCAGUACGUUUCUGUUCUUUCUGCUCGGCAGUAGAAAGUAAAUAUCUCGCAAAGACUGUUGCUACCUAUUAAAGUGCCUUUGUUCUGCCUUGGCAUUCUGUGACUUUUCAAUACACCAGGAGUCAGCAUAAGGUUAAGUUUUCUAUGCCAGCUUGUCCCCCAGCCCAGCAAUGCUGGGGGAAGGUGAGCUGUUGCUCUUCCUUGCAGCAGGCACUGACCUCUCAUAUCCCACACAGUCCAGGUGGCUCUGGGAUGCUCAGGAGUCACUCACUUGCCUCAGGAGAGCAGAUGCUCCUGAUCCCACUGAGCUUGAAGACCAAUGAGAUGUGUAAAGGCACAGAGCUUGUGCUGCAGAUCCCAGCUCAGUUUCCUGACAGCAGCUCAGGAACCCAUCCAUCAUCCCUCCCUCCUCCUCACCUCCCUGCUCAUGGUUACCCCUGACAGCAGGAGUUGAAAAUUUAUUCAGAUCUCUUCCAGAUAUACCUCUACCAAAAAUAGAGCACUACAUGAAAACUGUUAUUUCCCACCAACAUGUACACAUUGCAAGUACAUGGAAAAAAAAAAACCUUACACAACCAUCACAACUUCUUCCUUCAAUGAAGUACCAUUUUACGUUUGGGUAGGAGAUAUUCUGAGUGAAAGCAGCUAGUGUAGGAGAAAAACAUUUGUAAUCUCUGUUAUUUUGUACGCAUUGCAAGUCCGUAUUAAAAGAGAGAGGGGCUCAAAUGCAAGAAGUUCCCUACAAGAGAGUUUUUGACAAAAAAAAAUAUACGUGUCACAGAUGUCUGCAAUUAUUUUACAAUAAUACACUGUCUAUUUAAGCAUAGUUCUUAAUGAGAAACUGUUGUAGAUGCUUUUUCCUUCACAUGUUCUCUUAAAGCAGAAAGGUUCUUUUAGCAACAUGCCAGGUUACUGAAGUACUUCUUGUAAGAUCUUCCUAUCUAUUGUAUGUCUGCUGAAUUUUAACUCACCAAAGAGUGAGACUGAGUUCUCUCAACACUCUACAAGCUUCCUUAAGCACAUCAGGAAGCUACAUACUCCAUAGAUUUGUGUUUUACUAUUACUGGACUGUACUGUCAAGUCUACAAUAAACUUGAACUUUAAGAAAUGCUAUUCUUCCAAGAUGUGGCAAAACAUAUUGCAUGGGAAGUGCUUAAUACAAUCUCCAAAUGUGACCUAAGGCACAGGCCAAUAGAUCUGUCUGUUCCCACAGCCUUGAUGUGCACCACCUAACCUCCUCAAAAGGCCCUGCCUCCCUUUACCUUCUCCAUAAGAAUAGCUUAGCUUACAAUGGAUGCUUAGAGUACAUCUGAACCUCUACGGAGUUCCUCCCUCUUUAGGUGGUCCUAAACAACUCUGUAUUACAAGGCAAUACUUUUGAGAACAUCAGAAACAACACAAACUCUGAAAGCUUGCUAUACAUUACUCAGCAAACCACCUGUGAUGAAUCAAGCAAAGCAGCCCAGAAAUGCGUCCUUAUAGGAUUAGUUACGGUCAGAUUUGUUUAGCAAAUACAUCCUUAUAAUCACAAAGCAAUCACACGAGUAAAACUUAAACAGCCAGU